CGCAUGCGCAGAGCGGGCCAAGGCCCCUUUAUAAGCGCGAGGCGGCGCCGGGCGAGCUGAGCGCGGGGCGCAGGCAGGAUCUGCGCGAAGCAGUGGCCGCGUCGCGUCCUUUGUGCUGUGCCGCCGGGGAUGCGCCCGAGCUAGGAGCCAGCUGCGGGAUGGGGGCCACAUCUGUCUGGGCCAUGAGCCUCCUGAUGCUGCUAACGCUGCUGCUGGUGGCUGGGGACCAGGGGACAUUGGAUGCCACUGUGGCCAGCGCCAAGAAGGAGCUACACCUGCAGAAAGUGGGCUCAGGGGCAGUGCGGGCUGCACUGGCAGAGCUGGUGUCCCUGCCCUGUCUCUUUACCUUGCAGCCUCAGGCUGGGGUGGCCCAGGACAGUGCCCGGGUCAAGUGGACCAAGGUUCGGACUGCGUCGGGCCAGCGACAGGAUGUGCCCAUCUUGGUGGCCAAGGACAACGUGGUACGGGUGGCUAAGGGCUGGCAAGGACGCGUGUCACUUCCCGCCUACCCCCAACACCGGGCCAACGCCACGCUGCUGCUGGGGCCACUGAGGGCCAGCGACUCCGGGCUGUAUCGCUGCCAGGUGGUGAGGGGCAUUGAAGACGAGCAGGACCUGUUGCCUCUGGAAGUGACGGGUGUUGUGUUCCACUAUCGGGCUGCCCGGGACCGCUACGCCCUGACCUUCGCAGAGGCCCAGGAGGCCUGCAGGGUCAGCUCGGCCACCAUCGCAGCCCCGAGGCACCUGCAGGCUGCCUUUGAGGACGGCUUUGACAACUGUGAUGCUGGCUGGCUGGCUGACCGCACUGUCCGGUACCCCAUCACCCAAUCCAGGCCCGGUUGCUAUGGAGACCGCAGCAGCCUUCCAGGGGUGCGCAGCUAUGGAAGGCGGGACCCCCAGGAGCUUUACGAUGUAUACUGCUUUGCCAGAGAACUAGGGGGCGAGGUGUUCUAUGUGGGCCCACCCCGACGCCUGACCCUGGCGGGCGCGCGUGCCCAAUGUCGCCGCCAGGGCGCCAAGCUGGCCUCGGUGGGACAGCUGCACCUGGCCUGGCACGAGGGUCUGGACCAGUGCGACCCGGGCUGGCUGGCCGACGGCAGCGUGCGGUACCCGAUCCAGACGCCGCGCCGGCGAUGCGGGGGCCCUGCUCCGGGCGUGCGUACUGUGUACCGCUUCGCCAACCGCACCGGCUUCCCCGCGCCUGCGGCGCGCUUCGACGCCUACUGCUUCCGAGCUCAUCAUCCCACACCACAGCUGGGAGACUCUGAGACCCCCUCCUCCGGGGACGAGGCUGAGAUCCUGUCUGCAGAGGGCCCUCCAGGCCAGGAACAACCGGAGGUGGCUGCCCCUGACGCCCAGGAACCCCUGCUGUCCAGCGGGGACGAGGAGCCCCUUGUACUGGCAGAGGAGCAGGCGUCUAAGAAGACCCCUGGUGCCACCCCUAGCCGCCCCACUGAAGAAGCCUGGCUGGCCCCCAACCCCAGCAGCACGGCGCUGGCGACAGGGACAGGAACAUCAGCAAACGUGUAUGUGGAGGUGGCCUCCGCAGGGCUCCUGCCGCGCAGGAGGGGGCUGAACGGCCGCCACUUCCAGCAACUGGAGCCCUAUGCCAUAGGGCCAGAGGGGACCAGCACCCUUCCACUGCCCCCAGGCCCUGCUGGGAACCAUGUGGAGCCCCCCUCCAUCACAGAGCCCUUGGGGAGCGCCAGGAGCGGGGGACCCUGGGCCAUUCUGACCAAUGAGGUGGACGUCCUCGAUGCAGGUCCCCCUGGUGGCAGGAGCCCCCCAGAGCCCUGGCUGUGGCCUCCCACGGAGAUCCCACCCACCACCUCAAUGCCCAGUGGGAUGCCUGGCUUGAGGCUGGAAGACACCGAGGCCCCCACUGCAUGGCCAGUCACUUCCGACCUGGCCAGGGCCCCCUUGGAGUCCCCUGUCUCGGCCCCCAGUGACACUGAGGAUCCCCAUGCUGCCCCUUGGGAGCCACUGACUGUGGCCAUAUCCCCCGACUUCCCCAUCGUGGCCAUGCUUCGAGCGCCCAAAAUGAGUCUCUUGCCACCCUCUCCACCUGUCCCCACUGAAGCUGUGUCCUCUGCCACCCCCUUGCCAUCCUCGGAGAGUGGGGUGCACUCCCUGCCCCCCUCCCAGAGCCAAACAGAACAGAGCAGGGAGACCCCUGGGGUGAUAUUGAACCACCUGGGAACGGGGAGUCCCAUGGUCCCCUCACAGGUAGCCAUGGACACCCAAGCUGGAACCCAUCCUAGUCCCCCAGGAGCAGACUUUGGAGGAAUUGGGGUGACCAGCCCCCCUGAGCUCAGCACAGCUGAGUCCCCCAGCCCCAGUCAGUGGGCUUCCAUGGACGAGAACAUGGCGGAAGACCCUAUCCCCACGGAGCACACAGGCAUCAGUGGCACCUUGGGAUCUGCAUCUGGGGUCCCUGCCACAGCAGAAAACCCUGCUUCCAGCCUGCAGGCCACUGUGGUGCCGGGCACCUGGCCCUCACCGUACAGCGAAAGGCAGGAUGUCAGCCUCCCGUCAGCACCUUUGGGGAACCCUGGCAUCACCCCAAGUUUGGAGCCAAGGGCAGCUGCGGAUGAAGGAGCUAGCAUGGGUCCCAGGGAGUUCACGGCCAUGCUGGUCCCCAGGGAGGCUGGCAGUGUCUGGGUGUCUACAUCCCAUGUGGCUGGAGAAGCCCAGAGCCCCACCUGGUACCCUCCAGUGACUUCGGACCCAAGCGUGGUGACAGCUGUUGCACCCCUGGACCAGGCGACCCUGGCCACAUCUGAAUUGUCCUCUUGGAGCUCUCGACCCCACCCACAGCCAGAGGGCCAGAUGGUGGCUGAGGAGACAUGGGACCCUUUGGCCCCUCCACCUCCUGGAAGCCCCCUGGGGAGGCCAUCUCUCCCCCCUUGGACACCCACCACAUCUGGGUUGGAUGAGGCUGCCCCAGUUUCCUCUGGAGAGCCCAGAGCAGCGUGGGACGCCCCCAGCACCCUGCUGCCCGUCCCCCUGGGCACCCUGGAGCCUGAGCUGGAGGUGCUGGCUGGAAGCCCGGGCCUGGAGGGCUUUUGGGAGGAGGCAGCCAGUGGCGAGGAGCCAGCCCUAUUCAGGACGACUGAGAACAACACUACAGAGGACGUCCCCUCCGACCCCUGUGAGAACAACCCAUGUCUGCACGGUGGGACCUGUAACACCAACGGUACCAUGUACGGCUGCAGCUGCGAGCAGGGCUUUGCUGGGGAGAACUGUGAGAUCGACAUCGAUGACUGCGUCUGCAGCCCCUGUGAGAAUGGAGGCACCUGUAUUGACGAGGUCAAUAGCUUUGUCUGCCUCUGCCUGCCCAGCUACGGAGGUAACCUGUGUGAGAAAGACACAGAAGGCUGCGACCGCGGCUGGCACAAGUUCCAGGGCCACUGCUACCGCUACUUCGCCCACCGGCGGGCGUGGGAGGAGGCGGAGAGGGACUGUCGCCGCCGCGCCGGCCACCUGAGCAGCAUCCACUCCCUGGAGGAGCAGCGCUUCCUCAACGGCUUUGGGCACGAGAACACGUGGAUCGGCCUGAACGACAGGAUCGUGGAGCGCGACUUCCAGUGGACCGACAACACCGGGCUGCAAUACGAGAACUGGCGCGAGAAGCAGCCGGACAACUUCUUCGCCGGCGGGGAAGACUGCGUGGUGAUGGUGGCGCAUGAGAGUGGGCAUUGGAACGAUGUCCCCUGCAACUACAACCUCCCCUACGUGUGUAAGAAAGGCACAGUGCUGUGCGGGCCACCUCCGGCUGUGGACAAUGCCUUGCUUGUGGGCGCCCGCAAGGCCAAGUACAAUGUGCAUACCACCGUGCGCUACCAGUGUGAGGAUGGCUUCUCACAGCGGCACGUGGCUACCAUUCGGUGCCGGAGCAACGGCAGGUGGGACCGGCCGCAAAUCGUCUGCACCAAAUCCAGACGGUCCCACCGCAUGCGGAGACACCGGCGGCACCACCAGCACCACCACCAGCGCCACCACCACAAACUGCACCAGGAGCAUGGGAAACACAGGAGACACACUGUGGAGGACUGGGACAAGGACGAGGGCGACUUCUGCUGAGGGCCCAGGCGACAGAAAGCACAGCCCCUUCCCAUGCCUGGGAGACGGAGCCUGGCGAUGGAGAGGGCCCAGAAGCCCCCAGCCCCCCACCAUGACCCUCACGUACCCCCCUGUAAAAAUCUCCCUAUCCUCCCUCCCACCCAAGGUCCUCUUGGCUAGUGUCACCGUGUGUCUGAAGAGUCCAUUUCCGUCAAGGUGAAACUGGGGUCACCACCUGUCCAGGGCAGCCCUGUGCAUCCCUGCAGGUCAUUCUCCGUGUCGGGUUGACCUUCUUCUGGCUGGGCUGCCGGGCCUUUGCUGAAAUCAUACUCUGCUGAGGGCCUGAGGGUGUGUGUGUGGACGUGUGCUGAGGAAUUGCUUUUCACACGGGGGAUUCAGGCUCAGUACCCAGCUGGCUGUCCUAGGUGUGGCCUUUGCUUAGGGUCACAGCUUUGAGAGUAGAAGGCAGAACAGAAGCACACAGCACGAACUGGACGGCUGCUCUUCCUUUGCCUUGGACUCAGCCCCAGUUUGGUUUUUGGUCUUGGUGGAUAGGCACUGAGGAGGCUGAGGUGAGAGGAGCUCCUUGAGUGGGCACUCAGAUGCAUUGAAUUUUAGGAAUGUUUUUGAAAUGACCGCCCUCCCUGCUCUCAGUCGGGGCAGGAGUGGGGAGCCAUGCGUUGGGAUGCAAGGACAGUAUACUGCUGACCUCGCGGAUCUGCGGCAGCACUGGGACUCGGCUGGACCCGAGUGAGGGAUCUCUGUCACAUGUGCAGAAGAGGACAUCUAGCGUCAGCUGAGCCCAACCUCUUACCCUUCCAUCUCUCAGGGAGACAAAGAGCCUCCUUUCUGCACCAAGGAGGUGUCAAGUUUUUUAACCUAGGGCCCGUCUGUACCUGCUCCUCAGCCCUCUCCCCCACCCCUGUCUCCAGCCCUUGCCUGGUGGACGAGAAAGGGUUAACCCUCAGAGCAGUGACACCUCCCUGUGGCCAUGUGGUAGAGAGAUGCAUGGUGUUCAAACCACAGUGCACACACUUCCACCAACACCUUUCAUGGUGUAACAACUUUUUUAAGUGAGAAAGAACCUUGCCUUCCUCCCUCUAAAUCUGCAGCCUGCAAAAAUCCACCCCAGGCCAGAAAUCAGGAUCUACCCAGAAAGAGAGAUGCGCAAAUGUGUGGGCCCCCUGGCGGCAGAGUGAAGACUGAAAUGUGCCAAUUGGAGCAGAGUUUGUGGUGCACAGUACCCCCAGCACUCAGGAGGCUGAGGCAAGAGGAUGGCUGUGAAUUCGAGGUCAGCCUGGGCUACAUAGAGAGACCUUGUCUGAAAAAGAGAGAGACAUAAAGAAGAAAAGGGGAAAGGAAUGGAACAAAAAGGAAAACUUAAUGUCUUCCAUACACGCAGCAGAUUUAGGGGAGGGUGGCUGGACCCGCACCCUUAACAGGCUCCCAUCUUCCCUGCCACAGACAUCAGCCCGUCCCACUGUCCCACCCCGUGUUACUGUGGAGAAAACCAGCAACCUAGGUUUUGCCGUCUUACUUUCUAACACUUCCUGGUUUUAAAAAGGUAGCACCGAGAAUAAUGCACCUUUUGCAGCCCAUGUCCUAGACCUGUCUCUCUCCAGGCGAGCUGGGGACACUCUUGUGGGGUUGCAGUGGAUGCUGGCAUGACAGGCCCUCAGCCCCGUCCUGCACCCGCCCUACUCCUGGGGCCAGGGCUCAGAGCUCUGGCUUUGGUCUUUCCCCCCAGGGCGCGCGCGUGUCUCUGUGUGAGUGUGUGUGGUGUGCCCGUGAACAGCUUGGGGGCUGCUGGGUGUGCAGGGAGCUGCAGUGUUUUGUGGGCCCAUGAUAUCUGACACUGUGGACAUUAAUGUACUUCUUGGACAUUUUAAUAAAAAAUUUUUUAACAGUUCAA